ACAUCGAAUGCGUUAACUGUGAUGUUUAUCGUCGUUGUAAAACAUUUCUUGCAGAAGUUAAAUUCAUCAAACUAAUUUGCAACCAAUUUUUCUUUGUAAAGAAGCAUUAUAUUGUACGACAUCUUCUCGCAAUUCGUUGGAACUGUCUGUAGCUACAGUUGUUGCUUUAUAAAACAUCAUAGCAGACUUGUUUUCCUUUCACUUGGUUCAUUAUAUGAUCAUGCACAGCUCGUGGACACUGUUUCUUCUCAUUACAUUGAGUCAUCUUAAUGUCGUGGUUUUACAAUCAUCGCUUUACUCGUGUUCCUUCACCUGUCUUAAUGGUGGUUACUGUGGACCAACUGAUGCUGGAACGAUAACAUGUAUUUGCCCUCGUGGCUAUACUGGUUCGGAUUGCUCAGAAAUCGUUCCCUGUUAUAAUAACAGCGAUUGUAAAAACAGCAAGAUGUGUAAAUUGUACUAUGGUAACCGCUACUGUGAUUGUGAGAAUGAAUUCACUGGUUUCGACUGUAGUACUAACAUUUCUCGAGACGUCACUCCGCUCUAUAAUAACGUUUUAUCACAUUACUGGUCAUUCAAUACCAUUCCUUUUGGUCAAAUUUUUGUUGAUAAUAUUUCACGCUCUCAUUUUACCCGAUAUGGCGAUGCUCGUCUUUUUCAAUCAUCUCAACUUGGAAAUGUCGCCAAGUUGAAUAAAUAUGGACAUGGAGCUUUGAUUUCAGAUUCAUUAAAGGAUCCUUGCUUAGCUCGUUCACACAAAUGUGACGAUGGAUCGUCUAUAUCCUUUUGGCUUCAGUUUAUAUCGGGUAGCGUCGUGCUGCGCUCGGUAAACGUCGGUUUUAAUGUUUACGUAAAAAAUGGAAAGUUUUUUGUUAAUUUUCAAAGUGCCGACAACAGAAGAUGGGAAAUUGAACGUUCUUGCAUCCCAAUGGGAUUUUUUUUCGUGACAGCAACAUGGAGAUCAACGGAGGGUUUAUUUUAUUACGAGAACGGAAUACUUGUGGAUGUUGCGAAUUUUUCUGUCGCGAACUCGUUGACAGUCAACUCCAAUGACGUCAUUUCAGUUGGUUUCGAAGAUGUGUCGAACGUUAAACGCUAUUCAAGUUUGUUCAUUGAUGAUAUAAUGAUUUGGCGACGAGCAUUAAAUCAAAAUGAGGUUUACACUGUUUAUACAAAUGGUUUAAAUACCGUGUACAGCCGUAGUCCAUGUUUAUCUAACGUAACUUGCGCCUCGGGACAAUGGUGUGUUCAAAAUACCACAGGACAUUCCUGCAUUUCACCUUCGAAUGGCGAGUGUUCAUUCAGUAGUAAUCAGUGUGUAUUUGGUAAUUUGGAUGAUGGUAUUACGGCUGCUAAUAGUGACGCAGCUAUUCAAGAAAAUAUGCCUUAUCAUGACCAUACAGUUGGGAGAUGUACUGUACCUCCAUCAAAAUUCUUCAUAUUUCGCCAAAACUCAACCCAAACAACGUCGAUGGUGAAGUCGUAUACUUUCAACUCUUCGUCGGAGAAAGGACUUCUUUUUCGUCUUCGCUUUUGGUACUUCAUGUACGGCCAAGAUAAAGGGAAAAUGAGUGUCUUGCUUUCACAAAAUAAUUCAACAUCGACAAUUUGGAGUACGGCAUUAAACGACAACCGAAAUUGGCAGUAUCAGCUAUUAGAAAUGAAAUCUAGCGCUCAGAAUAUUACUUUCACAAUGGUAGCCAACUUUUCUGGACCAAAUUUAGUUGUUGCAUUGGAUGACUUAAAUGUGAAAGUUUGCAAUCCGUAUACUCGACCUAACGUCAUGUCAGUUGUCAUAGUUACUAAUGGUACUAUAAACAUCACGUGGACUCAAACUGGAUGUUCUAAUGACUUUUCAUACAGUACAAUGGUUUAUCUCUUGUCACCAGUCUCCGGGAAUUGGAGUCUCGUCACAACGACUGCAGCUAGUUUCCAUGUAAUCGACUCUAUGAUAUUUUUACCUAACAGUACAUAUCAGUUUAAAGUGAAUACUCGCUAUGUAUUGAACAAUGAAGUGAUAAUCAGUGACGAUAGCAACAUCUAUAAUUUUACAUUUCCAGCUACAUUUGUUUCUUCUUGGUUUUACUUCGAGGAUCCCACAUUUCGUCCAACGUUUUCAACUACACUCGGUUAUCUGAUAGAGCGAGGAAAAUCUUUCAGAAUUGGAUGUAAUGCUUCCUCGCCCAAUCGACCAACAAUAACGUUAUCUAUAAGCAGGACCUUCCCGAGAUUAUUACGAGUACUCCAUCAAACAUCGACGCCACUAUUUGAUGAUGUAUCUCGGACAUGGUACAUAAUUUAUAGCAUUCCGAACUUUGGCGAGGGAUUUUUGCACUUAUACUUGCCAAACGUCAUUUCAAGGCUCUACUAUCCUCACUAAAACACUAUUAUUUAAUGUCCAAGGCUCAUUUAUUGAACAAGGUUUUUUCUUGUCUCCUUCGCCAAAUGUUCCGUACGGUAGUAUAAUUGAACAUUGGCUGUAUGGUUUUGGCAAUGAGUACAAUGAAACAAAGCUGGAAACUCGAAAUUGGCGCACGGGAGAAUACUUCCUAGUAACGAUGUUCUGUAUAGUCAGAGGUUUUCUAGGAUCUUUGACACUUCUCAUCGCUCGAUAUCCAAGUGUGAAAUGCGUAAACAC